UAGUGGUACAAGGUAUCGAACUUUUUGGAUAUAGAAUAAAAUUCCUAUUAUAUUAACUUUCAAAGUUUUUAUUUAUUUAAAGAAGAAUCCAUUGAACUCAAUACAAUAUUUGGAAUAAUCAUAAUCAGCGAAUGCAUUUUUAUGUCAUUUAUAGGAUAUCAUUUAUAGGAAUGUUCUUCAGCGCCUUGGUUACGGCUUUUUGUAAAGGUUGGGAUAUCUUCAUAAAAUGCUCUUUUCAAGUUGACUUUCAGUUUUGGAAAUAGAAAAUGACCACAUGGUGAUAGAUUAGACAAAUGCGGACAGUGGUUAAUGAGAAAAAACUAUUUUUUCAUCAAAACUCGUUCACUUUUUUGGUCUUCAUUUAAUUCGUAUGGACGCACGGACCCUUCUUUUACGAAAGUCUUCAGUUAAAAUUUUCCAAAUAAUGUCUUUACUCGUAUUAAAUUUCUCAGCAAACAUUAUCGUAGUAAAAUUUGUAUAGAUACCAUUAAUUUCAAAGGUUUUUCCACUAAUUCAGCACGAUUACUAGUUUCUGGACGACCUGGUCCUUAGUCGUCAUUUAAAUCCUUACGACCAUAUUUAAAUCGAUAAACCACUUAUAAAAUUGGGUUCGACUCAUAAAAUCAUCGUUAUGAGCUGUUUCCUCAAUUUGCAUAUCUCACGGGAUUUUAUCAAGUUUAACACAAAAUUUUAUAAGUGUUCGCACUUUAUAAAAAAAGUUUAACUGCACGCUUGUAUUGAAAUGGCUGUAACUUUAACAUCUGUCAUCCGAUUUACAAAAAGGUGCGUUUGAAAAAGGAUGAACGUUUUCUUUAAAUGCUGCAAAUUAAUUAACAAACAGAUAACAGAUAUGUGUUAAAAUGAUAUUAUUAAUUCAUUAUUGUUUAUGUUUAAUUUUGUACCAUCCCUCAAGAGUAAGUACCCUAAUAAACUUUUUUAAAAAGCUUUUUUUUAUAUAUUUGAAAUUUGCUUUUAAAGGGGUAGGUCGAGAGCCGUCAGAGAAGGCCUAACUUUUGAUUUAUCAUAUUACUAUGAUCUAAGUAAUUUUUCUAUUCAAAUUCAUAUUAUUAUUCAUGUACACAUAUCUUUUAAACCAUAAUUUUUAUUAUUGUACAUAUUUUAUAAAAUGUGUUCCAGUUUCAGUGUUUGUUCCCUUUUGAGACUGUUUUGAAAGACAUAUUUUACUAUGAGUGACACACUGUGCUUUAGCAACGCCGCUAUCGCUACAAAUGCAUAUUUCAACACAUUUCCACAAUCCGCUCAAGAUGUAUUUGCCUAGUUUGUCUCUCUUGCGCUCAGAAAUGCACUUCACACAUAUUGUUCUUUGUGAUAACAUGCGCAAUAUUUGCAUAACAACAGUUAGCGCGACGUCCAAAUGCAGCGUUUGCUUUCAACUCCACAUCUCCAUUCCAUUAAAUUUCUGAUUUUGCUUUUGCCGCUCUUUUGCUGCAGUUUAUAUGUAUUUUGUAGUGCAACGGUGCAUUUGCUCCCAACUCCCUCGCGCUGUAGUUGCCGGCGCUGGCGCUUUGCUAUUUGCUCUUCUUAUCAACUCCCUCCCACUCGCUGAGCAAGAUUUUGCUUUGCUUUCCAACGCGCUCUCACUUAAUUACGAGUGCCGGUGUUUUUGUGUAAAGUUCGGAAUUGUGGUGGAGUUGUGGAACUUAUUCGUAUAUCUUCAAAUAUAAUGCUGUAAUAUUUACUAGUGGCGCAUCGUUAUAAGCACAUUUUUAGGUUAUAAGCUCUUUCAUUAAAAAUUAUUUUUAAAUUCUUUCAAAUCCACUAAACACUUAUGGCUUUGUUAUCACGAUUUUCAAAGCCGCUUUGGAAGUUUAAAAGCUUCCGCAAGUAGAGCUUAACGCACACAUUCACUUGUCACUUACAUUCCACUGCCUCCGGCUUCCAGCCACUUCAUUGCUGUCUCCGCUGCGUUUGUUUUGCUUUGCGUUUUCGCUUUGUUUUUGUGUCUUUGUGCUUUUUCUCCGCUUUCUGGCAGUUGCGGCACUCAACUGAGUAACUGAGGCGCGUAGCGUCGCGCGGAUUGAAUUUUUAGCAGUUCACCUCGUCGGUCUGCUGGUUUAGUUUGCCGCAAAUAUUGUUUGAAAUUAGUUGUGUUCGUUUUCGUGCGUUCGAUGUCGCAGCGGUCGACAAAAACGGCGUUCGCGUAAAGUGCUAAAACAGUUUUAACACUUAAAGAACGCAAGGAAAAAGUAAAAAAAAAUCGCGAAGAAAUCUAAAUUGAAAUUUUGUUCAAAGUUCGUUUUUGUUGUUGCGCAUGAAAAGUUGUUGAUAUUUGUGUGUCCAAUUGUGCAAUUUAUUAAUAUUUCAGACCAAAGAGAGCAACAGGAAUUAUUGCGAAAAUUAUCAAAGAUAGCAUAAAACCGCACUAAACGCAAAAAGGUAAAAAUACAAGAAGAAUACAUAUGUAUUCCAACACAUACAUAUAAAUUACUACAUGAGUGCCAGAAUUGCUAACCAGGCAAUGCAGAAGUGAAAAUUAAAUUUAAAAAAAACCUAAAAUCAAUAAGUGAAAAAAUUAUUAUAACUAGAAAAAAUUCAAAUAUUGCAACACUAAAAUAUCCAGCCGCUAUUAAGCAAUAGCCACCAACAACAAAUAAUUGAAAAUCGUCGGUUUCAGCUCAAAUAGCUUUCCCGUCUCUGGCGCUAUCCAAACAAGGAAGCGAGAGUGAAACCGCUGACCAAAAUAGUCAGCAUUAAUAUGAAAUAAGUUAUAAAAUAAAAGUAAAGCGCAAUAACAAAGUCAUAAUAGCUUUGAAAGUGAAAACAUUUAGCCACUAAUCACAUACGUAUAUGUCAAAUUAAUCCAAAUAUCAAAACCAAAAAUUUUACAAAACAAAAAAAUAAAAAAUAAAUAAAAAUCUCACUAACCGGUGAUUAAUGCUACCAACAUUAGUUUAUUAGUUAAAAUAAAAAUUAAAAAUAAAACAAGCAUCUAUAGCAAAUACCUUCAAAGAAACCCAAAAGCAACAAAAUGCUGAAAAUUCACAUGCUGGAGCAGGUGGUGAAUACGGAGAGUCCGCAGGAUAACGCGCCACUGCCGAAAAUGUCCUCCUCCACUUCGACAUCACCGAAGCGCAGCGGCAGUGGCAGCGCUUGCAGCAGCAAUGGACGCACUCCGACCGCCUCGGCUUCGUCAUCACCGUUACAUCAUCAUCCGGUGCCGGGCGUGCCACAGCGUCAAAUAUGCGGCAGCAGCGGCAGUGUAAAGUCGGUGGGACGUGGUUCGUCACCAGGGCGACAACACGCUUUCAUGGCGGGCUCGCAAAAAGGCGGCGGCAGCGGAAGUGCGUCGCACAGUCCGGAAAAAUUGCGCGGUGCCACACAGGAUCUCUUCGAGCUGUUGGAGCGCGUACAGUGCUCUCGUCUGGACGAUCAACGCUGUGUGCUGCCAGCGUAUUUCUCACAGGCGCACCAUCGCACUUCGAAUGACGAACGUGUACCACACCCGCACGAAGGCACCCAAUCUGGCAACUUUACUCACCACAAUGGUCUGCAACACUCCGGCUCGCGCUCUACACUGCGACAUUCAAUGUCUACGACAGCCGCGAAUUCCACACCUGCUUCACCACAACUAAGUGGCAUUGGUGGCCUGGUUUCAGGCACUGGAAAUGGUGUUGGCGUUGCCAAUCAGUUACUCUCUAAUGGCCAGCAUUAUCAGUCACAAUCGUCGGUAUCUUCACAGACCUCACAAUCUUCGAUUGUGUCCACUAUACCUGCCUCACAACGUCUGUUGGAGGAUGCGCUCGCCAAGACCGCACCAUAUCCAAUGAUUAUUUUACCAUUGAACGGCGGCUACUGGGUAGAUGGCACCGAGCAUGAAUGCUCAUUUGAUGCGCGUGGCAAUCCGAUGUUGCCGCAAACUACCUGGAUGGCCAAAUUCGAGACAGACGAUACGGCAAAAUGUUAUCGUCGUUUUUAUGCGGCGCGCGAACACUCGAAUCUUGUAGGUCAAGAUGAUCUACUUGGACCGAUAUUGAUAUCAAUUAAAACAGAGAAUGUAGCAAAUCAAGAACAUGCACGCAUACUGUUGCGUCUUCGUACCGGUACAAUGCAUGAACUAAUACCUAUGUCGUGUAUGGCACCCAAUCCGACACCCGGUAAAAUUGUUCGACUGUUAAAUGAGCAAAUUACUGUGGAGAACUUUGUACCGGUGUUGUGUUCGAAGGCAUCACAAUUGAUUGCCGCAUAUGAUGAGCAUGUGUUGGUCUCGAAUUUUAAAUUCGGUGUGCUAUACCAAAGAUAUGGACAAACUACGGAGGAGGAACUUUUUAGCAACAACAAUUCAUCGCCCGCAUUUGAGGAAUUCCUAGAUGUUUUAGGUCAGCGUAUAAAAUUGAAGGAUCACAAGGGCUAUCGUGGUGGUCUAGAUAUACAGAAUGGACACACUGGCGACACCGCCAUAUAUGAAGUGUUCAAGGAACGCGAAAUCAUGUUUCACGUUUCGACAAUGUUACCCUACACCGAGGGUGAUCCACAACAGCUGCAGCGCAAACGACAUAUCGGCAAUGAUAUUGUCGCGAUCGUAUUCCAGGAAUCGAAUACGCCUUUCUCACCCGACAUGAUCGCCAGUCAUUUUCUACAUGCUUUUAUCGUAGUACAACCGCUAGAACCAAAUACUCCGAAUACACGCUACAAGGUCAGUGUGACAGCACGUGACGAUGUACCGUUCUUCGGACCGACACUACCCAAUCCAGCUGUUUUUCGCAAAGGCCAAGACUUCAAAGAGUUUAUACUGACCAAACUGAUCAAUGCUGAGAAUGCCUGCUAUAAGGCAGAGAAAUUCGCGCAAUUAGAAUUGCGCACGCGUACCUCGCUCUUACAAAGUCUAGUGGAGGAAUUGAAGGAGAAAACGCGUGACUUUUUGGGUACAGAUUUCACGAAUGGCGUAACUGUCAGCCCAACACCAGAAACACCAAAGUCAGAGAAUAGCACAGCCGGUUCGCGUUUCAUAGACACCGUAAAGAAAGCACUCAUUUCGCGCGUGCGCUCACAGAGUGUUGAUACCGGCAACAUAGCACCCAGCGUUGAGAAAUUCAGCGUCUCAACGAAGAUGAAUUCAUCCGCCUCGUCGACGACUUCGAAGAAGGACAACAGUCUAACGGAGACGCCGAAUUUGAAUGCAUGCAGUCGCACCGCUUCGAAAUCUUCCUCGAAAUCAAAAUCGUCGAACGACUCCACCUCUUCAUCGCCGGAUAUCACCUCACGCGGCCCGCUUAGCAGCAGCAACACCAUAAACAACAAUAACGCAAAUUUGGGCGGUGUAGCUUCAGCCAAGGAUAUGCAGAACGGCAAUAACGCCUCAGCACCAGUCAACGGUGGCGCCGGCGUGGCCACAAUGUCCGAAACCAGCGAUGACUCCAGUUUGAAUAGCGUAGAUCUCGAUCCGAUGAUGGGUCAUAUAGAUGGCGGUGCCGUUUACAUCGACAGUGACACCGGACUGGAAUCGAUGUCUUCCGCCGAAGCCAUGUCAUCGACGAAAGCGGCCUGUGCGCUAUGUCUGGAUGGCUCACAAAGCCUAAUGGGCUCAUCGCCAAGCAACGAAACAAUUGUGAUGGUGGAGAAUUUGCGGCAAGAGGUCACACGACUCAAAUGCGACAAAUUGGAUUUGCUCCGACAGAAUGUGACAUGUCAGCGCGAUAUCAAACGUUUACGUGAGCGCGAACUCUCGCUGCAAGGCGAUUUAGCUGCCGCCGGCAAGGAGAUACUACGUUUACGCGACCUGCUGAAAGAGUAUAUGCCCGAUUCCGCAACAGCGCCACUAUCCAUCUCACCAAUCUAAUGGAGGACGCUUGCUGUGAGAUAGUGCGCGUGUGUGUGUUUAUCUGAGUGUGUGUGUGUGUAGUUAUUGAGAGCGUGUAUUUGCUUAGCAAAUCACGUUAAAAUAUGGUGCAAGCAAACGAAAUGCGUAAGGAUCCUUUUGUGCCGUGUCAAACACUCGUGUGGGGAGUUGAGGAGCCGAAGAGCUUGGCUCUUCAAAAAACAAAAACAAAUAACUGUAUUAUAGUUGUGGUAAAUGUGCGCUGAAACGGUGACAGAGCAUGGCUGUAAGGAGUUGAUUGCGAGACAGAAACGAAAUGGGUUAAUUCAACACAAACACAAAAAGUUACACCAAAAAUUUAAUAUAGUUAUAUUUAAAGAAAAAAUAUUAAUAAUAAUAACAGCUGUAUUUAAAAGUAGGAAAAUGUAUGCAAAAAACUAAAAAAUCUCAUCAACACUCAAGCAUUAUACUUGUAGUAUACCAUAUACCACACAUAGUAUAUUUAUAUAUGUUGCACGAAGUAGCGAAGUUGCAAGUUGCGUUGUAUGUAGUGGCAUAUGCGUCACAUGUGCUCGGUAAAACUGUCAGUUAGUUAAUGCGCUAAAGCAAAUCGUUAAUUUUAGGCAAAUUUUGUGCUGCAAUCGAAAUUUAUUAAAUUUAGUGUGAAAAAUUUUUUAUUAGUACACUUUGGUCAAUUAAUGCAAUGAAAUCAUAUUAAUUUUUUUACAGUAUUUUUUUAAUGUUUUUAUUUAUUUUAUUCAAAUAUAUUAAAAAAUGAAAGCUGAGGAUUAGUAAUGAAUGAAUCAAAUUGAAUAAGGCAAAUUUUACAAAAUUAAAAUAAAAAUUAAAAUAUUGAAAUAAAAACUCAAAAGCGCGCAAGCAAUGAUUUAUACCAAUGAACGAGCGUUUAUGUUUACACUGUUUCACUACAAAUACAAAUAUAAGUAAUUUUAAGAUUUUUUUUCUAAACAUAUAAGCAUUGAAUUAUUAAGUUUAUUAAUUAACAAACGAUUUCUAUUUCAUACAUACUUACCUUUAAGUUACUAAGUCUAACACUAUACACAGUAUCUAGCACCCUUAAGCAGUAGUUUGUGCGCCGCUGUAAAGUUAAUCGCUAUAAUUUUACAGUUAAUAUAUAAAAAAAGCGCUGUAAAUAUUUUAUUUAUAUACACAUAAAGAUAUGAUUUUUUUUUAAUACAACAAAUAAGUUAGUACAAGCACACGCUUUGCAAGGUUAUAGACGUAUCGUUACUGAUAGUUGUUAAAUUUUAAUUAACAACAACAAUAAAAAUUAUAAUAAAAAUUAUAGUGUCUAGUAAAAAAAAAAUAUAAAAAUUUACAGCACAUUUGCGUGUGUGUGUGUGUGGCGUGGCAAGUACCUUAUGUGCACUCUGCUUCGCCACCAACACACUAGCAAACUCAAUUAGAACUUACAAAUUUGAGUCACAAACAGUAUCGUUGUAGCAAAAGAGUUUAAAUACAUAUUUAGUGCAAAGUAAUUAUGAAGCAUAAUAAAAAAUUACUCACGUUCAAGUUGAAACAUUUAUAUACAUGUGUAUGUAAAUUUAUUACAAUUUACCUAUACACGCCUAUUAGUAGGGAGCGUUAUGCUAUACAUACUAUAUACAUAUAUUUAUAUGUGUAUAUAAAUGCAUAUAUUUAUUUAUGUAUGUAACAUAUAACAGUUUUUUCUAUUUUGGUUUUGUUAAAAUAGUAUUUUUAUUUUUUGAAGAAUUAUUCAAAUAUACAUAAUAUAUACAUGCAAAAGAAAAAAAGAAAAUUUUGUGUUUUGUUAAUGAAGUGAGCGCGGAUUUACACAAAUAUACGAGAAAAGUCGCAAAUCUAUGUUAUCAUUACCUAUGUAUGUGUGUAUGUUCGUGCGGUGUAUACUCGCCAACUACUACAUCUAAGGCAUAGCAAUUCAUAAUCUACAAUUAAAAAAAAACAACAAAUCUACAAAUGUACUUCUGAGCAUUGAAUAACAUUCAGCACUUACAUAAACACAUGAAAUUAUUAUAUGAAUAAAUGAAAUAUUAUUGAAAAUAACUAAAAAUAAA